GACCAGAGAAGAAGAGCUGCUGACUGACGCGACGUCAUAACUGGUUGCCGGAAGUCCUACUGAAAGAUGGCCGGCUUACUGAAGAAGACCACCGGCCUCGUUGGACUCGCUGUCUCCCAGAAUCCUCAUGAGCGUCUUCGAAUUCUUUAUGCAAAGAUCUUGGCAUCACUGCAGACCAUGCCACAGGACGCCGCAUACAGGAAGUACACAGAGCAGCUGGUUAACGAGCGAUUACACCACGUGAAAACGGAGCCAGAUAUUGUGAAGCUAGAGAAGAAAAUAAACGGUGGACAAAUUGAAGAAGUCGUCUUUCAGGCGGAGUGUGAGCUGAAUCUGUCCAGGAAGAUGGCUGACUGGAAACCAUGGGAGCCACUGGUGGAGGAGCCUCCACCCAACCAGUGGAAGUGGCCCAUCUGAAAUCAGUUCAUCUGUCGUUCUGUGUGAGACCUGCUUCUAAUAAAGAAAACUCUUGAAGAAA